GAGAAAUUCCAACCAAAUCACACCAUGAGCGGCCUGCUUGCAAAACGAGGCCGUCCGACGGACGAUCCCGAAUCGCUGGGACCCAGUGCAGGACAAAGGUCGCGUCAAGUAGAGCCCGACAGUGAAGAUGGUGUGCAGCCUUCGUCUCGAUGGACCCCAGAGCAGGAUGAGCUUCUUCGCCUUGCCAUUGAAGAAUUCGGCAGCAAAAACUGGAAGGCGAUUGCGGAGCGUGUGCCAGGGCGAAAUCACGCACAAUGCCUCCAGCGCUGGAACAAGGUGCUCAAGCCCGGCCUUGUGAAGGGUCACUGGGCAGCUGACGAAGACGAGAAUCUUGUGAGACUCGUACAAAACUCCACGACUGUGAACUGGGGCGAGAUUUCGAAAUCGAUUGAGGGCCGCACGUCUGUUCUACCCAACAUUCUACACCAUGUUCCAAACCAUGUUGUCAUCUAGAGCCAAGCAGUGCCGCGAGCGGUGGAAAAACCAUUUGGACCCGUCGAUCAAUAAGGGUCCGUACUCAUCCGACGAAGACAUGCUUCUUGCGGCGGCGUACGCGGAGCUUGGCAACCGAUGGACUCAGAUCGCCAAUAGAUUGCCUGGACGCACGGAAGAUUCUGUUAAAAUGCGGUGGAAGGUGCUGAACCCCCAUUCGAGAGCCGUGGCCAAGCCUGGGCGCCCGCCGUUGAUAUCGACGCUAGGCAAACCCAACGACAGCAGAUGCACUACUUCGUCGUCGUCGUCUCCAGCGCCGUCAACAAAUGCACAGAGCGCACACCAACCUACGUUACAGCCGUCAUCCGCACCAUCAGCUGUCGAUCCGAUUCUCCAUGAAUAUCGCGAACCUUCGCCCCAUCCCACCGAAAUGUCGUCAUGGUCGUCUCUCGAUCCCGACUCGGCCGACCUGAUCUCUCGCCGCGCGUCGUCCAUGUUUGAAAGCUUCAAGGAGCGCGAUAGUUCUCUCCUUAGCUUUGCCAGCAUCAAAGCCGAAGACUGGGAAUUCUUUCGCGAGCUUGUGCUGAGCGACCACUUUGCCCAGGCCAUGCCUGCCGCGCCGUCCGAAGUGGUGUCCGUAUUCGACUCAUUCAAGGACAAAAGCAUGACCGACGCCGAGUUUCGCCGACUCGUGGGGGUGAUCGAAAACCCCGACGCAAUUAUGGAGUUUAUCCACGAAACAUACGCGUCGAUGACCGAGACAAACGACGGGUGCCAGUGCGGGUGCGGGGGAGGCGACAAAUUAUGCCGUACGCCAACGUCCGGGUGUCAGCACCAUGACGACCCACAGUUGGUCGCGAGCAUGCAAAACCUAACAUACCACCCCUCGUCGGCCCAACUGGACCAUCGGCACGCCCCCGACACGUUCGACUCGUAUGGUGGUCAGAGCAACUUUCAGCAAACGACGAGUUUAUUUGAGCACCUCGAUCGGUCGGCUAGUUUCGACGGCGACGACGGCGUGGACGUCACCAUGACCCACACGUUUCGAGUGCCCAAACGGCGUGCAUAGACGAUGUCGGACCUGUUUGAAUGCAGUUCCCUAUUUUGCAUCACGUUCUCGUGGAUGCAGCGGA